AUGUCAAAAACCGUUCAGUCUCAAGAUUCUGAUGAUGCCUUAUUUCAAGAACCAGGAUUGACCAAUGACAUCAUUCGCUCUAUCAUGACCCCUGGCUACACUGCAAAGGGAGUAAUCAAGUUGAUGUUCUAUGCAUUCUAUGCAUUGUUUGCAACACUGGCUGCAAUGGUUGUCAUCACAGGUGGAAAUGGACAUGUGAUUGCUCUCUUGCUACUCUCUCUGUGCCUGUUCUUUACUAUUCGAUGGUUUGUGGCAGAAAUGGAACAGAUCAAAAAGAAUGAGGUGGUCAACAAGGAAGAAGAACCAACCCCGAAAAAGGCACGCAAAAACAAAAAGAGAUCCUAA